CAGUUAUCCGUUUUGGUCACAGCAGUAUACUUCCAUGAAUCUGAAAAUUUUCUAAAUUGUGUAAAAUUUUUAAAGAUCCGUUAGUAGUUUCUUUUGUUUGGCAAUUACCAUCUACACCAUGCAUUUGAUGUGCGAGCGAUUGACUUCGGUUUUUGCGGGCGUCUUGGUGGGUUUGUGGUACGGCAAAACCUUCCCAGAGGACACCAAGGCCAAGGAUUCCAGCAAGGAUAAGAAGAAGUAGGUCGUAUCAGGAGAUCCUAAGUUUUUAAGGUUGCAAGCCACUAAAAAGAAAAACACAAAAAAUAUUAAGUCGAGAGGAAAACCUUCAGUCGAGUUCGACGACCUGUCAACCCGGUCGCUUUGACACAGCUCAGUAGUUAUUCGGCUUUACAACCAGUAUUA